AACGUCGUGAAAGCGGUCGAACAUCGCAGGCGCGAAUUUAAUAACUCAAUAUGGCGGAUCAACUCGAUGAAACUGAGACAUUUUAAGUAAGACAUGUCGUUGUUCUUUCGUUCACGGAAGCUGAGACCUUCAUCUUCCCGAGAUAAAAAAUCUCAAGUUUCUGGAGAUGGUUUACCGAUUACUUCGAGGGAGAGGACAGAGGACAGUGAUGCUGGUGCCUCUUUAUUUAGUGGCAUGACCGUAACAGCUAGUUAUGGAGCAGCGAGUGACAACCUAAGUUUGAUGAGGCACACUGACGUUACUCCUGUUACCAAAGAACCUCAAGAACAGAGCAGUUUAACAGAAAUAGACACUGAAAACAUACAAGGCUUUGCGGCAGUCCUCGCGAGACCAGAAAUGGAAUUGUUACCUGAACCUAUACAGCCAUCACCUAUUCCACAACAAGUUGGACAAUCAACUACAAAGAAGAAAAAAACUCGGCAUAUGGUCAGACCUGGAUAUGCUAGACAACCUGACAGUAAAGGGGACACUAAUGAACAAAAUGAUGAUGUGGUUGCAAUUGAGGAGAAAGUUUGUGAUCCUGUGGAACAAGGAAGAGCUGAAACACACAAAGAUGCAACAAAUGCAGAAAAUAAUGCAAGAGCUGAAGGACCUAAUCCAAAAACUCCAACACCACUGUAUUCUAUUGGAACUCCCUCUUCAUCAGAUGAAAAUUUGUUUGAAGAUGUGACAGCUCAAACAGGCAAUGGCACACUGACAGGAAUUUCCAGGGAAGAACCCUUAAAAGACGAUGUGCAUUUAAAGAUUUUAGAUCAAAGUCAGAAUGUUAAUCUUCACGGUGAUUUGACAGAUGGCCAGUUGGAAGCUGCCGCUGAAAUGACCAAACUAGAAAAAUCCCUCGAGAGAUUAGAAGGAACUGAGGACAUUGAAGAAAGUGAGAUGUUUUUGGAUUCAAUCGAGAAUCCUCCUGAGAUUCUUAAUGUGAACAUGAAUGACAGCUUUGCAGUGACUAGCUAUUCAAUGUUGAGCAGUGCUCCCAACAGUACAUGUCAACCUGGUUCUAGUGAGCAAGCCACCCCAGGGCUAAAACAGGUGACAGGUGAUGUAAAUUCUGCUAGUGAUCUGGAAAGGUGCAAUCUUGACCUGUCGCCAGAAAGUGUGCAUUCAUUGCAUGGAGCUUCAGUGAAACUGAGAAUUGCUUUGCAGCACUUGAAAUCACAACUUACAAUGUUAAGUGAAGACAAAAGGUGUCUUAGUAUCCUUGAGGAAGACUUGUUACAGAUGUACACAGGAUCACACAAUGUAGAGAGUUUAAAGGAACAACAAUUUAAGGAACUUCAAGUGGAGGAAAGCCUAGCCUUAGCCAGUGAGAACUACGACCUUGCUGAAGAGAUAAGUGACAGAAUGGAACAACUUAAAGCAGAGCUGGAAUGUGCAAGAUAUAGAUUACCAGCUCAAGAUAACAAGGUUGAGAGAGCAUUGAAGCUGAGAGCCGAAAUAGCACAAAAAGAGGCUGAUAUCUACAGACAGAGCCAGACAACUCUCCAAGAAGUACGAGAAGAACAACAAGAGUGUCUUGCGAGUCACAAAGAAAUCAGCUCUACCUGGAGUACGAAGGAAAAGCAACGUUUGAAUUCUGAUCGACAGAGGUUAGAAAGAACUAUGGAUCACUUGAAACUUGACAAGGAACAUAUGGAAGCUGAAAAUAAGGAAUUAAACAACGAGAUUUUGCAAAAAACAGAGGAAUUCCAGACAAGAAAGGAAGAGCUUAUGCUUCAGAGAGGAUUUCUGCAGGGAGAAAUUUCAGCAUUAGAAGCAAAGCUUGCCAAGUUAAGAGAGGAAGAAACGGAAUUUAAGAACGCCAUAAAAGAGGAAGAAAACAAGAUUGAGUCUGUCAAGACGGAAUUCAGUCCUCAACAGGAAGCUCUUGAUAAACAACAACAAGAAAUAGAAAGAAGAGAGAAGUCAUUACAAGAGGAAUUUAAGUUGUUAUCGCUUAGCCAGAAAGAGUUUGAUGACCAAACAGAGGAGAAGUACAAAAGAGAACAAGAGUUGGCGGGCGUUGUUUCAUCUGUCUCUGAUGAGCUGGAGAAAUCUGAACAGACAAUCAAAUGGCUAGAAGAACAACAACAGUCUGCUCAAGAAUUUCUAAACAUGAAGCAUUUCACUUUCAACGCAGACUCUAAACUAGCAAGUCUUCAUGUUAAGCAGAAGGAAGUGUCCCAGAAAAUCACGAGCCUAUCAAACAAGAUCCAGCUGGGACAAAGAGGCGUGGCGACACUCAGAAAAACUUUGAGUGAGGUCGAGUCUCAGAUAUCUGAUCUGGACGCAGCCAAGGAAAUAGCAAAGAAAGAAAAAAAUUUCAAACAAGCUAAACGGUUAAAAGAGGAAAGAGACGCACUAAAUCAAGAGGGAAUUAAAAGUCAAGAAAAACUUGAACGGUUGUUAAAGGAACUUGCAGAAGAUAAGAAGUCGUUGGAGAAAGCACAACAAGAGAGCGCAGAGCUAGAAGCAGAGAUUGGCGAAAAGGAUCGUCUUACAGCUGUGGUUACUGUAGAGAAGGCAUCCGCUGUGAUUCAAGUACUCCAGGAACAAAUAAACAGAAUCGGUGAUGACAGUCUUGUGAAGGCAUUACUAGAGACAGAGGCUAAAACUUGCAGAAACCUCGUAUCAGACCUGUGCAAUAAACAUGAUAUUCCCAAGCCUGAUCUAGAUCACAGUCAAAUGGAAUCUCAAGUUCACGACAUCAAAGAGAAUUCGGUGAGUCUUAAUGGCUGUAGAUUUUUCAACAUAGUACUUAAUCUGUACGAUUUAAUCAAUUGCAAUCCAUUCUUUUUGCCUCUUCAUGUUAAGCAGAAGGAAGUGUCCCAGAAAAUCACGAGCCUAUCAAACAAGAUCCAGCUGGGACAAAGAGGCGUGGCGACACUCAGAAAAACUUUGAGUGAGGUCGAGUCUCAGAUAUCUGAUCUGGACGCAGCCAAGGAAAUAGCAAAGAAAGAAAAAAAUUUCAAACAAGCUAAACGGUUAAAAGAGGAAAGAGACGCACUAAAUCAAGAGGGAAUUAAAAGUCAAGAAAAACUUGAACGGUUGUUAAAGGAACUUGCAGAAGAUAAGAAGUCGUUGGAGAAAGCACAACAAGAGAGCGCAGAGCUAGAAGCAGAGAUUGGCGAAAAGGAUCGUCUUACAGCUGUGGUUACUGUAGAGAAGGCAUCCGCUGUGAUUCAAGUACUUCAGGAACAAAUAAACAGAAUCGGUGAUGACAGUCUUGUGAAGGCAUUACUAGAGACAGAGGCUAAAACUUGCAGAAACCUCGUAUCAGACCUGUGCAAUAAACAUGAUAUUCCCAAGCCUGAUCUAGAUCACAGUCAAAUGGAAUCUCAAGUUCACGACAUCAAAGAGAAUUCGGAUGCGGCCUCUCAGCCUCUCAAGUCAUCAGAAGACGAAAUCUUUGAAGAACAGGCAGAGGAUUAUGAAAAGCUCCUGGAUAAACUAAGUGAACUGGAGGGGAGGUUGGAAGCAGUUGUGGAAGUUGAAGAUUUUGAUGAAGCUGAUAUCCUUUAUAUUCCUUGCUCUAGCUAG